CUUACUCCUAUCUGUGAGGCAGCAGGCGAGCAGACAGACAUCGAGAGACGCAGGAAAGAUACACCAUGGCCGUGUUGAAGCGGGCGCAGCUGUUUAAAAGCGCCAUCGGCCGCGCGCGUUUCACCUCUACGUGGUCACGGAGCGCCGCACGCGCCAAAGCCGACAACCAGAUGAGUGACGCCGAGGCGCGCGAGCCGCCGACAAAAUGAGGCUCCUCCGCACUUUGAACGCCGAAUUCGGCGCCGCUCUCACGGCAAGCAGUCACGCUUUAGGUGUUUUUCUCAUCUAUGCUGUUUUUUUUGGUGAAUUCGAACGAUAGCAAUUGUAGGCUAUGAUGCUUCCCAGGUAAACAAGGGUAAAAAAUAUUUAUAUAGAUAUAUAUACACCGGGGGAGGCCAUGGUCAGAUACCGAGGACGGAAAUUGACGCUUUUAUACGUUAAGAAUAGAUGAAAUUACUUUAUUCAGGCUAAUGGUGCCGUUUUGUAGUGAAUGUAGUGAAUUAAAUGCCAAACGGCAAGUGUAUAAAUAGCACACAGGCUAAACUGGACCAUUAGCGUCCAAUUAUUAAUUCAUAGACUUAUUAGUGUUCAUAUUAAAAUGCCUCGCGUCAUACACGUGAGAUGCCAGUUUAUACGCAUAACGACCCCAUAUCGAACCUUUUUAGGCUAGUGAGUAGAUUUUCCAUAGUUAGAGUAGGCUAUAGGUAGAAUAACUACAUACACGAUACACAUCAUGAGGGAUCACUAGAGAUCUUUGUCAUCUAGAAGUCAUCUUUAUUUUUUACUAUAUGUUAGUAUAUAACAUGAUAUAGGCUACAAGCAGACGUUUAGUCGUUGUUUAUUUAUUUAUUUAUUGAUCGAUUGAUAUAUCUUAUAAUUAGGCGUGUUAUCCUGUUAUUGAUACUUUUAAGCUAGGGAGUAGAAUAUAAAUAUUCAUCAGGCAGGAAGAGUUUAAUGUCCUGCGAGGACAUGGAUGUUAGUCGGCCAGAUGUUGAGGCGCUCGAGGGGUUACCGGGGAAACCGGGAGCCGAAGAGCCGCUCGCUGCGUCACCUCAGCCGGGCGCAGAGAGCCAGCAGCGCUGCUCAGGAGUGAAGAAACACCACCAUAAACACAACCUGAAACACCGCUACGAGCUGCUGGAGACGCUGGGAAGAGGCACGUACGGCAAAGUGAAGAAGGCCAUCGAGAGGCAUUCCGGGAGAGUGGUUGCAAUUAAGUCCAUUAAAAAGGAAAAAAUCAAGGAUGAGCAGGACAUGGUACACAUCCGUCGGGAGAUUGAGAUCAUGUCAUCACUACGCCACCCCCACAUCAUUUCUAUAUAUGAAGUAUUUGAGAAUAAGGACAAGAUUGUGAUCGUGAUGGAGUACGCCAGUAAGGGGGAGUUGUAUGACUACAUCAGUGAGCGUCGGCGACUUACAGAAAGAGAGACACGCCACUUCUUCAGGCAGAUUGUGUCUGCAGUGCACUACUGCCAUAAGAAUGGUGUGGUGCAUAGGGAUCUGAAACUGGAAAAUGUGCUGCUGGAUGAGAACUGUAAUAUAAAGAUUGCAGACUUUGGCUUGUCCAACCUGUACCAUAAGGACAAGCUCUUACAGACGUUUUGUGGUAGCCCACUGUACGCAUCACCAGAGAUUGUCAAUGGAAGGCCAUAUCGUGGCCCUGAGGUGGAUAGCUGGGCACUUGGAGUUCUGCUCUAUACUCUAGUCUAUGGUACAAUGCCAUUUGAUGGGGGAGACCACAAGAACCUCAUCCGCCAAAUCAGCAACGGUGAAUACAAAGAACCGACCCAGUCAUCAGAUGCUCGAGGUUUGAUCCGUUGGAUGCUGAUGGUGAAUCCUGAGCGGCGUGCUACAGUGGAGGACAUUGCCAAUCAUUGGUGGGUGAACUGGGGUUGGAAGAACAGUGUCUGUGACUGUGAGAGCCAACGUGACAUGGGGUCCCCCAUGCUGGCUCGCCUUAUCGACUGGCAGAGCCGCACUGAGCCACGAGUGCCCAAAGGAGCCCGGCCUGAACCACUUCCACUUAUCCGUCAACGGCCUAAGAAAAGCAAGAAAGAGAAUGAUGGAGGAAUGCCCCACUGUGAUGAGGAUGACAACCUGGGCCUUAAGCGACCAAAGGGAAUACUGAAAACUCGGCCUUCUGAAGAGCAGCACUCACCCAGCCUGGAGGACAUUGACCUGAUGCCUGCCAUUGAAGGUGCCAAAAAAGAGGAGGGGUCGCCAGUUGGCCAAGAGGAUGAAGAGCCUACAUUCACAGCAGGGCUUCUGGCCAAGAUGGCACCUGUUCUCCCAAAGAAGGGCAUCCUGAAAAACAAGCAACAACGGGAAUCAGGGUACUACUCGUCACCAGAGCGCAGCGAGUCCUCUGACCUGCUAAGCGGCAGCAGUAUCACACCGCUUGGUGCCAGCUCACCACCAAAACGUGCAGUGGGGAGGAAGGGCAUUCUGAAGCGCAAUGGAAAGUACUCCACCUACAGUGCCACACCUUCUGUGGCUGCCCUCGGAGAGACUCCAUCUGGUGAUUCAGGUUUAUGGCGUAGCCAGAGCAGGCCAUCCAGCAUUGUGGGGGAAGACAGCAGCGUACUGACCAACAGCUCCUUCAGUGGGGCAGAGUGGCCCCAAAUCGGCCCAAGGCCUAACAUCCGAGGCUGUGCGUCAGCUGAGAAUAUACUCCAGCUUGCCAACUUUAAAGGGUUGCAGGCAGCUCCAGCUCUGCAUGGAGGGAAGUUUGGUCGAGGGACGCAUGGCUCGCCUGGAGACAACAACAGCUUCUCUUUGCUGGGAGACCUGGAUGAUGUAACACAGGUAUACCAGCAAGCCCUGGACAUCAGCAGCAACCUGCUGUAGAGAGAGAGAACAGGGAGGAGAGGAUCUAGAGAGAAGGCUGAGAGAGUGUAUGAGGAGCUGAUUGUUUUGUGUAUCUCUGACGACCAGUUGCAGUGCUGGGAUAAUCUGAUUGAGAGGCUUGCGUGGAUUGAAUUGAGAGAGUUAUACACUGCCAAAUACAAACCAUGUAAGACUUGAGAUUGGUGAAGUAGGGAAAUCGAUUGUUAGUCCUCUAGUGCCCUUGACCCACUUGGAAAUCAGUGAUGAGUUCAAAUGUUUACAUGUUAAGCAAAAAGUGAGUUAAAAUCACACAUAGACACCCUGCAACGGGAGGCUCCAAAUCAGAAAAAAAGAGCCAAGCUAUGUUUACAAAAGCACCUUAACUCACACCGAGCACAUGUUGUGAUCUUUACUUCCUAUGAAAAAGAAAAAGAAAACCAGGGUCUUGCUCAAAAUGAACUGUCAGUGUCAUUUAUUUAUUAAUAUUAUGCGUAGAUGUAACGAUACAGAACUGGAGUGGUCUGACUGUCUUGGAAGAACUUUGUCUCUCCUAAAACUCCAAUGGAACUGACAUAUAUAAUGGUUAUGUUUUUUAAUUAGUUAAUAGAAAAAAAUACUUGCCUACUUAAGGCAAGAGGCCUCAUAUAUGACAGACUCUUACAGGUCUUAUAUCCAGUAACAUAUAUAUGAGAAUAUGUAAGAAGUGCCUUUUUAAUUCAUAUGAAAUUAUGUAUGUCAUUUCCUUAAGGCGUAGAGAGAUGCCAGCUGGAGCCAUCACCAGAUGCGCUAAUUUGCUAAAGUGUUGACUGUUGAGAGACCCAGGACCUUAGAUUGCAAAGCCUUUUCAUAUUAAACUGGCUAAACAAAACCUUACGGUUAGCUUAAGAAAUCAGGCAUGUUUGGUCAUUUUGAAGAUUAUUUUCAGGCUUUACUUAAUUGCCUAAAGGAAUCUUAAGAAAAGAACAAGUGUAUUAGUUUCCUCUGUGGGUUUCUUCAUACAAACUCUCAUUUUCCACAAAUGUAACAUGCUGAAAUGGGCAGUUUGGACUUUUCCUAUACACUUUCCUAAAGUGUAUGAAGAGAUUAAUACACAAUCAGUGAUCAGUGUAAGUGAUCAGUAAGCUAAAUUCAUUUAGCCUUUAUAGUUCUGUACAGUUUGCAUAGACAGUAGGUGAGUAUGGAUGUUGGGUGAGAGACACUGAGUAAUGUGUUUAUAGUGGUAGGUAAACGAAAAACAUUUAUCCUUUUCCAAUAAGUGGGCCUUAUGAUUAAUUUAUUGGAAAUGGAAGCAGAAGGAUAAUCGCAAGUGUUAAAGUAGCAUGAUGAGAUAAGUAGAGAUGAAGAAAGUGAGUAGAUAAGGAUUUAAUUUUUCGUGUGAUGAGAUUGAAGUGAUUGAAAGGAAAGAAUUUCUUAAACAUGCCUGUGUUAUUGAGCAUGGAUGUUAGUGUUCAACUGAGCGUUUCUUGUUUGUUCAGCUUCAGUAAACCCCUAGCAUCAUUGAGUCACAACAGGACAGCUGAAAAUGAUAAAUACCCAAACUAUUGCAGGAAGUGCACAUAUCAAAUUUAUUUCCCAAACAACAAACUGACCAACAUCUGUAGGACAUAUGAAAGCUCUUUGUGCAACAGAGGUCCUGGGUCCUGAGAGAAAUGAGACCCCCUUUGUGUAUCGUAUUGUAUUGCAUUUUUAUAUUGCAUUGUAUUGUCAACUGGAUUCACAGUGAAGGAAUUAUACUAUGUUAGUAUUUUGUUUAAUUAUAUUUCAGUUUUUGAUUCUCCAAAAUAUUGAAUCUUUAUUAUUUUAUUGUACUUUAUUUUUAUGGCAGAAACUUGGAUGCGGCAAUCGCUGAUUUGAUUAAGGGCUAAGCAAAGCCCAUCCGCUUGGUGUUCACAUUAAAUUAAUUACAUUAGUUCAUGCAUCUAAUAAAAAGAUCACUUGGCUGCAAUACAGCCACUCUGUGUACACCUCAAAUCAGCUUACAUUCACACUUUGAUGCUUACACAGUGAUUUAGGUCAAGUCAAACUAUUCACAAAGCAGUUUCAGCUACUUCUUAAGUUUAUAGUAGUUUCCAAUUUUCCUUCCUUCUUAAAUAUCUGAAGUGGUCUGAUGCUGCACUUUUCACUGCUGAAAGUUCUGGACAUGACUCACAAAAUUAAUAAAUUACCCCGAAGUGCCACAGCACCAUCACAAUACCCCCCAUACACAAAAUCUCUGCCUCAAGGUCAUACCAAAAAAAAAAGAAGGAACGAUUUAAAGCUAUGCAUUAGUGGAUGAGCCGCAAACAUGCUUUCUGCCAAACUGGAAUUAACUGGUGCAUAUCUGUUAGUUAGCAGAAAGUCUACUUAUAGGAAAACUUGACUGGAUUUUGUUAUUGACAACAAGAAGAUGGUAUUAUGUUAUUUAAGUAUUAUUUUUGUUAAAAUUCAUUACUAUUGUCGGCUAAAGCCACAAUAAUCAUUUUUAUUUUUCUUUUCAUUGAUUUGAAUACCUGGACUGCCAAGGUUGUUUUUGUUUCAGUGCCUUUGCUAUCUUUUAUGAUCAUUUUUUAAAAUUUUUUUUAAAUAAGAGUAAUAUUAGCAAUUGUGUUUUUAUACACUAUUUAUUUUGGUAGUGAAUCCAUUGUGGUUGAUGUAACACCACUCCAUGCCUUUAUAAAACUGUGCGGGAGUUAAUAUAUGAAGAGACAUGAUGACCUGAAAGGACAGGGAGGGAAAAAGAGAAGGAGUGAAAGGGUGUGGAAUGCAGUUAUUUCAUGCCGAGGUUAUUCGUGUUUGUUUGAGGAGAUGAUAAGGCCUGUAUUUAUCUGUGAAAGCUGAAGGAGUUAAGUGGUUAUAAUCUGUAUGGCAAAACCAAGCCACUGUAAAAUCAACUGGUUAAUAAAUGGAUCAUUUCAAAGUA